CAACGUUGCGGCCACGACAGCGAUCCCUGAUUGCCCCGCGGGCCAGACAGCAGCACCGCAACCAAGCAAGCCAAAAGCGCCUGGCGAAACGAAACCGCAGCGAUAUAACGCCGCCGCCGCGCUACCGCAACCAUGGUCCUCCAGGAGCUCGGCGGCAAGCUCACGGCGGCGCUCCAGAAGAUGCAGUCCGUGACGGUCAUCUCCGAGGAAGUGCUGGAUAAGAUGUUAAAGGACAUCGCUGCCGCUUUGUUGGAGGCCGACGUGAAUGUGAGAGUCGUCGGCCAACUGAGGAAGGCCAUCAAGACGCGCGCUGCGCUCGAGGAGGAAGUUGCUGGGGCAAAUAGGAGAAAACUGAUACAAAGAGCCGUAGUAGACGAAUUAGUUAACAUAGUAGAUCCAGGAGUAACACCACAUGAGGUCAAGAAGGGCAAGCCGAACGUCAUCAUGUUCGUGGGACUGCAGGGUGCUGGAAAAACGACGACAAUCGCGAAAUUUGCGAACUAUUACCAGCGCAAAGGCUUCAAGUGCUGCAUGGUCUGCGCGGAUACCUUUCGUGCUGGAGCUUAUGAUCAAUUGAAGCAGAACGCUACUAAGUUGAGAUGUCCCUUCUACGGGUCUUACACCGAAGCCGACCCUGUAGCAAUAGCGGCGGAAGGCGUGGCGCAGUUCCGCAAGGAGAAGUACGAGGUCAUCAUCGUCGACACGUCGGGACGACACCGCCAGGAGGCGGCCUUGUUCGAGGAGAUGCAAGAAAUUAGAGUCGCGAUCGAGCCGGAUAACGUGGUCUUUGUGCUGGAUGCGACGCAGGGCCAGGCCGUGCAUGAACAGGCGACGUCGUUUCAUGAGGCGAUAGAUAUUGGCUCAGUUGUGGUCACGAAAUUGGAUGGGCACGCGAAGGGCGGCGGUGCCCUGUCCGCGGUCGCGGCGACGGGCGCUCCGAUACUGUUCCUAGGCUCGGGAGAACAUUUUGAUGAUUUCGAGCCCUUCGUCGCGCGCAGUUUCGUGUCGCGAUUGUUGGGCAUGGGCGACAUGAGUACCUUAGUCAAACAAAUAAAAGAUACGAUCGGCGACGAUAAAAACGACGAGAUGAUGGAGAAGUUCAGCAAGGGCGAGUUCACGCUGCGCGACAUGUACGAGCAGUUCGAGAACGUCAUGAAGCUCGGCCCCCUCUCAAAAGUCAUGGCCAUGAUCCCCGGCAUCCCGCAGAUGGGCGGGGAAGGCGACGAGGGCGGCAAUCGGUUGAAGCGGUUCAUGUACAUGAUGGAUAGCAUGACGGACGACGAGUUGGAUGGUCGAGUUGAUCUCAAUCGGGCGCCUUCUCGCGUCGACCGCGUCGCGCGCGGUUCCGGGACGCACCCCAUGGAAGUGCAGAUGUUGCUGCGGUGCCACAAGCAGUUCGAGGGAGUAGUAACCAAAAUGGGCAAGUCGGGCCUGAUGAAAGGAGGGGAUGAACAGAUGGUCAAGCACGGUGCAUCAAUCAAAUCGUCGCGACGCGUCUCCAUGCCCUCCACGCCAUCGACGCGACGCCGGCUCUCUCACCGCUCGAUUCGGUCAGCACGGUCGCGUCGUGCACCCGACUCACUGGUUGAUUUACGCACAGGUCAAGCAGAUGCAGCGCAACCCCAAUCAAGUGCUCCAGCAGCUCCACAAGACCAUGGACCCGCGCAUGUUGCAGCAGAUGGGCGGGGCGCAAAACCUCAUGAACAUGAUGAAGCAGAUGAGCGAGCUCGAGGCGAAGGGGGGGAAGUGAGUAAUACUCAUAGAUACUAUUGGUAG